GCUGUAGUCCGUCCCGGCGUGCCCCGCGCGCUGCAGAGAUGGCGGACCGGCGGCGGCAGCGCGCCUCGCAGGACAGCGAGGACUCGGACUCAGACUCGGCCGCCUCCGACAGCGGCGCCUCGGCCGCCAGCGCCGCCCGCUCCCCAUCGCGCUCCGGCUCCGGGUCACGCUCCGGGUCGCCGCGCCCGCCGCACCGCCCGCCGCGGGGCGCCGCCGGAGCCCUCAGCGCUGGGCCGCGGGGCCGCGGCGGCGCCGAGAGCGCUGCGGGGGGAGCGGCCAAGAGCGCGCCCGAGUCCGAGUGUGAAAGUGAGGACGGCAUCGAGGGAGAUGCUGUACUCUCGGAUUAUGAAAGCGCAGAAGACUCGGAGGCAGAGGAAGAGGAUUACAGCGAGGAAGAAAGUGCCAAAGUGGAGCUGAAGCAGGAUAGUAAUGAUUCCUCUGGAUCAGCAUCGAAAGCAGAGAAAGGGGAUGAGAAACCAGACUCUAAGGGUGCUGUGACUGGUGAGAGGCAAAGCGGGGACGGGCAGGAGAGCACUGAACCCGUGGAGAAUAAAGUUGGGAAAAAGGUUCCCAAGCACCUGGAUGACGAUGAGGAUCGGAAGAACCCGGCUUACAUCCCACGGAAAGGGCUCUUCUUUGAGCAUGACCUCCGAGGGCAGACACAGGAGGAGGAGGUCAGGCCAAAGGGUCGUCAGCGGAAGCUGUGGAAGGACGAGGGCCGUUGGGAGCAUGACAAGUUCCGGGAGGACGAGCAAGCCCCCAAGACCAGGCAGGAGCUGAUUGCGCUCUAUGGCUACGACAUCAGGUCAGCUCACAACCCUGAUGACAUCAAGCCGAGGAGGAUGCGCAAACCGAGGUUUGGGAGUCCUCCUCAGCGAGAUCCAAACUGGUCCAAUGAGAGGCCCAAUAAGCCCCCAAGGCACCAAGGUGCAGACAGCACUUCAGCUCCCCCACGAACCUUCACCAACAGGAGCUCUGCAGGGACGGGGAGGAUGCCCCCACCUAGGAACUACCCAAGGCUGGGGGGCUACAAAGAGACCCGUCCAGGCUACCGAGCUUCGGAAGCCAGCGUCCAGCAUCUGUCUCGGAAUGGUGAGCAAGUGAAACAGGAGAGCAGCUACCGAGGGAAGCGUGCAGAGCAGACCCCACCGAGGGACAAGUCACCCGAGGUGGAAGCAGCACACGUCCACAGCAGCCCUGUGAAGGAGGAGGUUCCUUUGGAAAACCAAGCUACAGCUGCAGAUGCUGCACAGCCGCCACCAGACAGACCAAUUGAAAAGAAGUCUUAUUCCCGGGCAAGAAGGACCAGAAUCAAAGCUGGGGAUGCAGGGAAGCUGGCAGAUGAAGUGCCCGCUUCGGAAGGGCUGGCUCCUGUGCCUCCAAAACCAGUGCAAGCUGAGACAUCCCCCCCACCAGCCAAGAGCAGCAAUUGGGAGUCGCCAGUAGAAUCCAGCUUGGAUGGACUCGAGCAAGAAAUGACCCAAAUGAAUCUCGCUGAGCAGAACUGGGCUCCAGGGCAGUCUCAGUUCAUACAGCCCCGGGAGCUGAGGGGUAUUCCUAACCAUAUGCACGUGGGAACUGGGCCACCGCCUCAGUUUAACAGGAUGGAGGAAAUGGCCGUGCAGGGGGGCCGUGUCAAACGCUACUCGUCGCAGCGGCAGAGACCACCGGUGCCGGAGCCUGCCCCCCCCAUGCACAUCAGCAUCAUGGAAGGGCACUACUACGACCCACUACAAUUCCAGGGACCAAUCUACACCCACAGUGAGAGCCCAGCCCCGCUGCCACCCCAGGGGAUGAUCGUUCAGCCAGAAAUGCACCUCCCUCAUCCAGGUUUACAUCCCCACCAGACGCCAGCCCCCAUGGCAAACCCUGGGCUGUACCCUCCGCCCGUCUCCAUGCCCCCGGGGCAGCCCCCGCCACAGCAGCUGCUGGCACCAACUUACUUCUCCCCUCCUGGAGUCAUGAAUUUCGGGAAUCCUGGCUAUCCCUACCCGCCGGGAGCGCUGCCCCCUCCACCCCCUCCGCAUCUCUAUUCCAACACGCAGGCCCAGUCCCAGGUGUAUGGAGGGGUCACCUACUACAACACUGUCCAGCAGCAAGUGCAGCCCAAGCCUUCUCCUCCCCGAAGGACAUCCCAGCCCGUGACUAUCAAGCCACCACCUCCUGAGCUUCUCGUUGCAGGUGGGUAGAGAGCAGAACACUUUAGAGAGAGAAAAAUCCAGUCCUAAGCUAGAAGGCAGUGGCUUCUUUGGAAGAGACAGCAAAGGUGAAAAAUCCAAGGAGAGGAGCAACACGUAGAGAUGCAGCCGUGGGAAUCCUGACGCCAGCCUCGGCACCUCGUCAAGGAGGAAGCUCCUGGGGGGAAAGGCUUCUUCCCUGUGUGUAGGUGAGGCAGCGGGAGGAAAUCAGCUGCACUGUCUCGUGCUCAGGGCCAGGCACCUUCCCCCUCUGGUUUUACCGGUGCCCUCCCAAAAAUCAUCUCGCUGCUGCUGAUCUGCCCUCCUUCCCCUCCCUCCCUGCAGAAUCAACCCCCAUGGCCUUGACCACAAGUUCUCUCAGCUUCUCUCUCCUACUAAACGUCUGCCCUUUCCCCUCCCUAGGAUGUUAAACUCCAUUGGCUUGAUUGUUGUCUCUGUUUUUAUUUAAGAAAUGAACCAGCUCCUUCAGUAAAGCUGAUUUGUUUCUUUUGGGUAUUUUGGAUCUGUUUGUCUGGCUAAUGGGACCGUCACAUCCCCCGUCCCCCCCGUGGAGACAGCUGAGAAGUUCAUUCUUUGCUCUAAUUCUCUUUUAAAAUUAGCAAGUUUAUUUCUGCCAUUGUUAAGGCCCGGGGAGGGCAGCUGGGCCAUCGGGGGCUGUCGGAACGCGCUGGCUCUGCAGCCACCACUUAAUUUAGAAGCUCCUUCUUUUUCUAAACAAGCCCUGUUGGUAACUUGUGUCAUUGGUGGUUUCUGUCCACGUCUGUGCAAGCUCUCGGCUCCCAUCAGAUGUGUAUCCAUGGGCAGGAGCAUGGGGUGACCCCCUCGCCACUGCCACAAGCACACCUUGCAGAGCAGGGCAAGGUUUCCUCCCGCACCUCCUCCAAAUCAGCAGCGGGGAGGGAGGUUUAUGAGCAUCCCGGCACCUCGACGCUGCCCGAGCAGCUCUGCCAGCCCACAAACCAGCCAGACGGGGCGAGCAGAGCAGUGAUUUGCUCCCAGCACUUGGGUGUUGCUGCUGUGGAAGUGGAAGGGGGUGUUGGAACCUGCCCUGACGCAUCCAGCAUCCAGCCUGGGCUCCCAGCUCCAGGAGGAAGCACUUGCCACCACAUAAACCAGCGCGCGCUGGGACCUUGCAGCUUUGGUUUCCUUGUUAGCACUCGGCACAGCGAUGUGGUACCGUGGUGCCGGCUGCACUUUCUCUGCAGCAGCAUCCUGCCAGCUCCCAGUCCUGCUCAGGCUUGGCCAUAUCCUCGCAGCCGUUGGCAAAUUGCGUUAGGAAGCUUGGUGAGGGCAAGCUGCCAAUCCCUGCCCAUCCCGGCCAUGUCGAGCACGUGCUGGGGCAGCCUGGGGAGGUGGCAGCUGCUGGCACAGGAGAGCAGGAGCGUUGUUGCUCCAAGCAAGUGGCAUCAUCUUGGCCUCCAAGUCCCCAUCUGCGCCGAGGGAGGGUGCCCAGGGCACACCUGCCCGCUCUUUGGUCCAGUUCUCCUCCUGCAUGCCCGGCUUUCCAGCAGAAAUCCCUUCUUUGUUCCUUGUUCGUAACUCCAUGACCUUUUUGCACCUAGUCCCAGGCGUCAAAGCAGGAACCCCUCAUGUUCUCUGUGUAACCAUUUCUCUGCCUUAAGGCUGAAACUGUAUUGUUGACAUAUAUUGGUCCCAUGGCUGAAGUCCUGGACCUUACAACACUGUGAUGGGUUUUGGUUUUGUCUCUUUGGAUUCCUGUCCAGUAGAAGUGCACAUUUGUAACCGGUGGUGUAUCGGCACGCGGAUGAGAACAUGUUUUAGAAAGCA